GACAACUGCAAGUAUAAGCAACAUCAGUGUUCUGCUUGUGGAUUGUUGGGGUCUUCAGACUUGUCAUCAGGAGCUGAGGUAUUCAAAUGUAAGAACUAUGCAUGUGGGCAUUUUUACCACCCUAAGUGUAUUUCCGAACUGCGGCACCCUGAUAGCAAACACCAGGCCUCCCUUUUCGAGCAGAAUGUUGCUGCUGGACUGAAAUUCCUGUGUCAUGUGCAUAAAUGUAGUGCAUGUCAUGGAAAAGAGAAUAAGGAUGAUAAGAAUAUGCAGUUUGCAGUAUGCAGGCUCUGCCCAACAACGUACCACUGGAAGUGUUUGCCCAGUGAUAUCCCCUUUGAAGCAAAGGAAGACCCCAAUGGCUACAUAUUUCAAAGGGCGUGGGAUGGCAUUCUUCGUGAUCAAACUCUGAUAUACUGCAUGAAGCAUGAGAUCGUUAAAGAGCCAGGAAUUCCCAGGAGGAAACUUAUCAUCUUUCCUGAUGCCAAAAAUCCUUUAGGCCCCCUCUUAUACACACUCCUGGUGCUUUGCACGUGGCACCCCAGGCCGGCCCCAGCUAUGAAAGUCAGCGAGAGGAUCAGCAAAACCCAAGACACUGUCUUGGACUUGUGA